GCCAGGCGCUGGGACGCCCCGGCCGAGCAGGCGGCUGUGGUGGCGGCGGCUAGUUGGGGAAACCUAGGCUCCGUGCUGCGGGACGAUCGGGAGCCGAGUGUCUCCUGUCCCGGCUGGGCGGUGUUGGGCCCGCUUCCCACGGAGCCACGCCCUGUCAAAACUUUGUCGCUGCAGCGGCCAAACGAUCGGAGCCGGGCCAGCGAGCGGGAGGGAGGGGUGCCGGGCCGGGCCAGGCAGGGCGCGGGGCUCCGAGCGCAGCGGCCCCGGCCCGUGGCCCCACCAUGCCCCAGCUCGGUGGUGGCCGCGGUGGCGGCGCCGGCGGGGGAGGCGGUGGCUCCGGAGCCGGGGCAGCCAGCGGAGGGGACGACCUGGGAGCGAACGACGAGCUGAUCCCCUUCCAGGACGAGGGGGGCGAAGAGCAAGAGCCCAGCAGCGACAGCGCUUCGGCGCAGCGGGACCUGGAUGAGGUCAAGUCGUCCCUGGUCAAUGAAUCGGAGAAUCAGAGCAGCAGCUCGGACUCGGAGGCGGAGAGGCGCCCGCAGCCCGCCCGGGACGCUUUCCAGAAGCCGCGCGACUAUUUCGCUGAAGUGAGAAGGCCCCAGGACGGCGCUUUCUUUAAGGGACCUGCGUACCCCGGGUACCCCUUCCUGAUGAUUCCCGACCUGAGCAGCCCGUACCUCUCCAAUGGACCCCUGUCUCCUGGUGGAGCGCGCACCUACCUGCAGAUGAAAUGGCCCCUCCUCGAUGUCCCCUCCAGUGCUACAGUCAAGGACACAAGAUCACCAUCUCCAGCACACUUGUCUGGGGAUCCUGCCCGUUGGAUGGUGCCUCCCACAUUCAGGUCCAACAAGGUUCCUGUUGUUCAGCACCCUCAUCACAUGCACCCGUUGACACCCCUCAUCACCUACAGCAACGACCACUUCUCCCCUGCGUCCCCUCCCACGCAUCUCUCCCCAGAGAUCGAUCCAAAGACAGGAAUCCCCCGACCUCCUCAUCCCUCUGAGCUCUCACCAUACUACCCACUGUCUCCGGGAGCUGUCGGACAAAUCCCCCAUCCCCUCGGCUGGCUUGUCCCACAGCAAGGACAGCCUAUGUACUCACUCCCUCCUGGUGGUUUCCGGCAUCCUUACCCUGCCCUCGCCAUGAAUGCCUCAAUGUCCAGCCUGGUCUCAAGUCGGUUCUCUCCACACAUGGUGGCUUCUGCCCAUCCUGGCCUGCCUACGUCAGGAAUCCCCCACCCUGCCAUCGUCUCCCCCAUUGUGAAGCAGGAGCCAGCACCCCCCAGCCUGAGCCCUGCAGUGAGUGCGAAAUCCCCGGUCACCGUGAAAAAGGAGGAGGAGAAGAAGCCUCACGUGAAAAAGCCUCUAAAUGCCUUCAUGUUGUAUAUGAAGGAGAUGAGGGCCAAGGUGGUGGCUGAGUGUACCCUGAAGGAAAGUGCAGCCAUUAACCAAAUCCUGGGAAGAAAGUGGCACAACCUGUCCAGAGAAGAACAGGCCAAAUACUAUGAGCUUGCCCGGAAAGAGCGGCAGCUUCACGCUCAACUCUACCCAACCUGGUCAGCUCGGGACAACUAUGGCAAGAAGAAGAAGAGGAAGAGAGAAAAGCAGCUGUCACAGACGCAGUCACAGCAGCAGAUCCACGAGGCAGAGGGUGCUCUGGCCUCUAAGAGCAAGAAGCCAUGUAUUCAGUACCUGCCCCCCGAGAAGCCCUGUGAUAGCCCUGCCUCCUCCCAUGGCAGCACCCUGGACUCGCCUGCAACUCCCUCCACAGCCUUGGCCUCGCCUGCUGCCCCCGCGGCCACCCACUCGGAGCAAGCCCAGCCUCUGUCCCUCACCACCAAACCGGAGGCCCGAGCCCAGCUGGCUCUCCAUUCAGCUGCCUUCCUGUCAGCUAAGGCCACAGCCAGCAAUUCCAGCCAGAUGGGCAGCCAGCCCCCACUGCUGACCAGGCCUUUGCCCCUGGGCUCCGUGCCCGCUGCUCUGCUGACCUCUCCCCCUUCCUUCCCAGCCACCCUCCAUGCCCAUCAGACCCUUCCCGUGCUACAGGCUCAGCCUCUUUCCUUGGUCACCAAGUCUGCCCACUAAGCUGCCCCUGUUCUAUGCAGGCUGUCUUGGGACUCAAAGUAGUUAGUUGAUUCAGACAAGAGGAGGGGGGGAAGAAAAAAAGGAAACAUUAUUGGUCAAUAUUUGACCACUCUGGACUGUGCUGUAAAGUGACUGGUAACAACAGUGCUUUACGGGUGUAGAUGUAACCAAUAGCUGAUCUUCAGGCUUUUUUAAAAAAAGAAA